AUGAGUGUUUCUUCGACCCUGAGGUUCGCCUUGGGGCCGUGUCGAGCGGCUUCCAUUGCCCGCCCAGGAAAAACACUCCUCGCCUUCCAACACUCAACUAUACAUGCUCGAAAACCCCCCUACGUGGCAUACCAGCGAAACAACCGCGAGGCAUCCUCCAUCCUGCGAUGGCCGCAGAUCACCAAGAGAUGCGCGAGCAGCUCAUCCUCCCCAUCGCCUGUUCCGGUCGUUCCCUACUCUUCUCUGAUAGUGGGAAUACCUCGGGAAACGUAUCCAAAUGAACGCCGUGUUGCCAUUACCCCCCAGAAUGUCGCGUUGCUGCUCAAAAAGGGUUUCUCGCGCGUGUUGGUCGAGCGUGGUGCUGGGGAGGCAGCCCAGCUAUUGGAUCAAGCCUAUGAACAAGCGGGAGCUACUCUGGUUGACCGAGCGACAGUAUGGUCACAGAGUAAUAUUAUCUUGAAAGUCCGCAGUCCGCAACAGGGCGGUGAAGUGGAAGCUCUUCAACAAGGCAGCACGAUCAUCUCAUUUUUGUAUCCUGCUCAGAAUAAACAGCUGGUGGAUCAACUUGCAUCGCGCCGUGUCACCGCAUUUGCGAUGGAUAUGGUUCCUAGAAUCUCCCGUGCUCAAACUUUUGAUGCUCUUAGUUCCAUGGCCAAUAUUGCGGGAUAUAAGGCUAUUCUUGAGGCUUCAAACGAAUUCGGUCGUUUUUUGACUGGCCAAGUGACAGCUGCCGGAUUGCUCCAGAUACCCCCUAGCAAAGUUCUAGUCAUCGGAGCUGGUGUGGCCGGUUUGAGCGCCAUUGCUUCGGCUCGCCGUCUAGGGGCGAUUGUCCGUGGAUUCGAUACUCGCUCAGCUGCCCGUGAACAAGUCCAAUCUCUAGGUGCGGAGUUCAUUGAAGUGGAUCUGCAGGAGGAUGGCGCUGGCCAAGGGGGAUACGCCAAGGAAAUGUCCAAGGAGUUUAUCGAAGCGGAAAUGAAGCUCUUUAUGGAGCAAAGCCGUGAAGUGGACAUCAUCGUUACCACUGCUCUGAUUCCCGGACGGCCUGCGCCAAAGCUAAUUACCAAGGAGAUGGUCGCUGCGAUGAAGCCUGGUUCCGUCAUUGUAGACCUUGCGGCAGAAGCUGGUGGUAACUGUGAAGCAACUGUUCCUGGGGAACUAGUUAAGUACCAUGAUGUCACUGUUAUUGGAUAUACUGAUUUCCCAUCACGACUACCGACCCAGUCGUCCACUCUCUACUCCAACAACAUUACAAAGUACCUUCUGUCUAUGGCGCCACAGGAAAAAUCGUUUGGGAUCGACCUAUCCGAUGAGGUCGUCCGCGGUUCAAUUGUGACCCUCGAUGGGGAAAUACUUCCCCCGGCACCACGGCCAGCUCCUCCGCCUGCCCCGAAAGCAGAAGCAGCAGCCCCGUCAAAGGAACAAGCAAAACUGACACUGACACCUUGGCAAAAGGCGACGCGCGAUGUAGCGACAGUAACCGCUGGCAUGGGAACUACCCUGGCCUUAGGAAAAGCAACUGGCCCUAUUUUCAUGGGCAAUAUGUUGACUUUCGGCCUUGCAGGCCUUGUUGGGUACCGUGCUGUGUGGGGGGUCGCGCCUGCCCUUCAUUCUCCGUUGAUGAGUGUGACAAAUGCGAUCUCGGGUAUGGUUGGUAUCGGUGGUUUCUUCAUAAUGGGCGGAGGGUACCUCCCCAGCACAAUACCAGAGCUCCUUGGUGCGAUUUCGGUGCUUCUAGCAUUUGUUAACGUAUCUGGCGGGUUUGUCGUGACAAAGCGCAUGCUGGACAUGUUCAAGCGGCCAACUGACCCGCCGGAAUACCCCUGGCUUUAUGCGAUACCAGCCCUUCUGUUUGGCGGAGGAUUUGUUGCUGCAGCUAGCACAGGGAUGGCAGGGUUGGUGCAAGCCGGAUACCUUAUUAGCAGUGUUCUUUGCAUUGGAUCGAUUUCCGGCCUUUCUUCCCAGCUGACUGCCAGACGAGGCAAUAUUCUCGGAAUCCUUGGUGUAGCCUCUGGAAUUCUCGCAUCACUUGCGGCUGUAGGAUUUUCACCUGAAGUGUUGGCUCAAUUUGGCGCUGUUGCAGGCGUUGGGUCUGUGGUCGGAGCGUUGAUUGGCCGCCGUAUUACGCCUACAGGACUUCCUCAGACAGUUGCUGCCCUGCAUUCCGUCGUUGGGCUAGCAGCUGUCCUCACGAGUAUCGGAAGUGUGAUCACCGAUAUUGGAGACAUCACAACGCUGCACAUGGUUACAGCGUAUCUUGGGGUUCUUAUAGGCGGUGUCACAUUUACUGGUUCUAUCGUAGCGUUCUUGAAGCUGGCAGGCCGCAUGUCAUCACGGCCACAUAUCCUCCCGGGACGACAUUUGGUCAACUCAACAUUGCUAGGGACUAACUUGGCUACAAUGGGUGCAUUCAUUUCCAUGGCUCCAGGGUCCCCAGCUAUUGCGGCUACAUGCCUCGGCGCAAACACGGCGCUCAGCUUUUUGAAGGGCUACACUACAACCGCAGCGAUUGGCGGGGCUGAUAUGCCUGUUGUCAUCACUGUCCUCAAUGCGUAUUCGGGCUUUGCCCUGGUAGCAGAAGGUCUCAUGUUGAACAACCCACUCUUGACGAGCGUAGGGUCUCUGAUCGGCGUAAGCGGUUCGAUUCUGUCCUACAUCAUGUGCGUUGCUAUGAAUCGAUCUCUCACCAAUGUACUCUUCGGCGGGAUUGCAGCUCCUCAACAAGCAAAGAAGAUUGAAGGUCAAGUCACACAGACAACUGUUGAUGAUACAGUAGACGCACUUUCAAAUGCGGAGAAUGUUAUUAUUAUCGUUGGGUAUGGCAUGGCUGUGGCAAAGGCCCAAUACGCGAUCGCCGAGAUUACACAUAUGCUACGUGCUAAAGGCAUCAAUGUCCGGUUUGCGAUCCACCCGGUUGCUGGAAGAAUGCCAGGACAGUGCAAUGUACUGCUUGCAGAGGCUUCAGUGCCUUACGACAUUGUCCUUGAAAUGGAUGAGAUCAAUGAUGAUUUCCCCGAAACCGAUGUCACUCUUGUCAUUGGCGCAAACGAUACGGUUAAUCCUAUUGCACUAGAGCCUGACUCACCGAUCUCCGGUAUGCCCGUAUUGCAAGCGUGGAAGAGCAAGGAGGUGAUUGUGAUGAAGCGAGGCAUGUCCAGUGGUUAUGCUGAUGUACCGAACCCGAUGUUCUACAUGCCUGGGACGAGGAUGCUGUUUGGGGAUGCGAAGACUUCAUGUGACGCCAUUAAAGCUGUCCUCGAAUCUCGUAGAUAG